UAUCUAAAGGGACAUUACAUUACUAUAGUAUAUAUAAUAUUGUUGGUGUCAGUUGUUUAACGUCACUUUUCUUUCUUCCUUUCGAACGACAAAGUAUAACCAUUUCAACACCGUUUGAUUGAUUUGCCCGUUCCAAUGGGCCACACUGUAGACAAGUUUUUCACCGCCACACAUGCCAUUAAGGAAUUGGCUAAAACCUUCUAAAGUCAAUGGAAACUGUUGCAUUUCACAAAAAAUGGGAAACUGUGCUGUAUGAAUCAUCAGGCUUAGAAAUCACAUUUGAAAAUUGAAAUCAACGAAAUGCUUAUUAUUCAUGAUCAACAUCUAAACACGUUAUCACAUAGGCUUUCGUUAUUUUGUUAAUUAAUAGUCGAUGAUGGUGUCACUGCCCUGUGCAAAUGAUCUUUGACCAAGAAAAUGAGAGACUCUGAAAGAGCCAGAACGAAACAAAGCAAAUAAACACGUACCUUGAGGCUUUGGACACGAUGACAGGGACCACAUGAUGAUUCUUGUUUUUAAGCUCUUGAUCAGGAUUUCAAUGACUAGUUGGUGAAGAACACCCCAAAGUCCACAAAACAACACAAGUUGGGACACUGAUUUGUCAUUUUGAAGGCAACAUCUCAAUAUAAAAUGAGUUGUAUCUAUGUUCCUUGAUUGAAAAUGUUAGCUUCCAUGGUUGUCCAAGACAAUUUCACCCCAUAAAACCCGUGAGUAUGAUAGUGCAACUGUUCUAUAAGUUGGGAUACAGUAACGUCAAGUAGGACAAAGGUUAUCACAAUAACCAAAUAUAUAAGCUGCUGUUUCUGGGGCAUAGUACCCUCACAUUAUAACAAGAACCUGCAAUAUCUGUUUAUGAGUAAGUUUUUUAUCUUCAACAAUGUACAUGUACAUGUACCAAAGAAUCAUGGAGUGUUUAUGAUUCUUACUUCUUGCUCUUUUGAUUGCAGAAUUGGCUUUCUUAUGGAGAUCUCAUCCAUCAGAGAAUUACCUGAUAUGAAGGAGCAGGAAAUAAUGGAGGACCCUAAUUUUCUCCGUCAGUGGCACCUGAGUUCUAUUGAGGACCCUAACUUACUGCCAAUAGCUGCUGCUUUUGGAGAGACUUUUCAACAUCAUGCAUUUACAUAUCCAGACUUCAAUCCCAAAGCUUCCAUGGAAACUACACUUAUGGACAUUGAAAGACCAACAAAACAUCAUAGAAACAUCAGCUGGAAUCCUAUCAAAGGUUCUGCUCAGACAUCAGAUACACAAUUUGUAUCUUUCCCAAAUCUUCUUUCGUUUAUGGAUUCCAAUCACAUAAGUCCACUGGGAUUAGUGAAGGCCAAUGAGAUGGCUUGUCCUAUAACCAAUAAUAGCACAACUUCUCUGGACACUUUUUCUCAAGGAAUCUUGGGGAAUCAUAACUAUCUCUUUAAGGCAUGCCAAGAGACCAAAAAGAUUGGAAGACGCUCAAAAAUUUCUCAUCCUCAAGACCACAUCAUAGCUGAAAGAAAGCGAAGAGAGAAGCUCAGCCAGAGGUUCAUUGCUUUAUCUGCACUUGUUCCUGGACUACAGAAGACGGACAAAGCUUCUAUUCUUGGAGAUGCUAUCAGCUACUUGAAGCAAUUGCAAGAGAAAGUAAAGGCUCUUGAGGAAGCACAAAACAUGAAGAAAACUGUGGAGUCUGUGGUGAUUGUGAGGAAAUCUCAACUGUCCAAUGAUGUUAACAAUUCUUCGGAAUAUGUUGGUCCGUUAUUUGACGAAACAGUUCCCGAAAUUGAAGCAAGAUUUUGUGAGAGAAAUGUCCUCAUAAGAGUUCACUGUGAGAAGACCAAAGGUGUGGUGGAAAAAACAAUCCAUGAAAUUGAGAACCUCCAUCUGAAGGUCACCAACAGCAAUGCCAUGGCAUUUGGGAGAUGUGCCAUUGAUAUGACAAUCAUUGCUCAGAUGGAUAUGGAAUUUUGCAUGGGAGUGAAGGAUGUAGUGAGAAAUCUGCGAUCAGCUUUUACAUCUUUCAUGUGAGGACGUUCUUAGUUCACAUCAAUCAAACCAACUUCAAAAGCAUAAGAAGAAUAGAAGUUAUACGGUCAACUAUGUAUCAGUUUAAACUUUAAGUUCUUGGUAAUAUUUGUUCACGGUCUUGUGCAAUGUCUGUGAUCUACUUCACCAUAUUCUCCUUUUUGCAUGGUCAACUCGUUGACCAUGUUAAUGUUACCCACCUGUUUCAAGUUUCAACUGUUACUAUACAGCUGGUUAGCCAUUUUUUUUUGGCAGGAGGUUGAAAAGUUCAACCUGUCUGUUUUAUGUACCCAAAUCUGAUAUUUCUUUUGGUUUUAAACAAAAUGUAAUUGGUGAAGAUGUGAAGAGUUUGGAUAUGGUUUUGCAGGUUACAUAU